AUGGCUGUUCCAAAAGUGAAUGAAAAGUUGCUUGAAGACCUUCAAGUUAUGGGAUUUCCACAUGCAAGAGCAACAAGAGCACUCUAUUAUUCUGGAAAUACCAGCUUAGAAGAUGCUAUAGCUUGGAUGGUUGAUCAUGAAAAUGACACUGAUAUUGAUGAGUUUCCAUUGGUUGAUGUAGACAUUGAUAUCGAUACUUCUCCAUCAUUUCCUAUCACAGAAGAAAUGAGAAUGAAAGCUUAUAGUUUAAGGGAACAAGAGAGAAAGAGGAAAAGGAAUGAAGAAACAAUAAUGGAAAGAGAAAGAGAAAAGGAGAGGAUUCAAGAUGGUAAGAAACUCCUUGAGGCGAAGCGAAUCGCGGAAGAAAAUGAAAGAAAACGGAAUUUAGCUUUGAGAAAAGCUGAAAAAGAAGAAGAACAAAGAGCUAGGGGUAACAUUCUCAAGAAACUAGAGCAGGAUAAGUUAAAUAGAAGGUCUAAACAUGGAUUACCUUUAGAAAGCCAAGAAAAUGUGAGAUCAACCGCCAUUGUUAUAAAGCAUGACAAGAUUCCAAGGCCUGUUUAUUCGAGCACAAAAGUUGAACAUUUGAGAGAGUGUUUGAGGUCUCUUAAGCGUGAACACAAGGGUGAGAAUGCAAGAGUCAGAAGAGCCUUUGAAACACUUCUAGUGUAUAUUGGAAAUGUUGUCAAGAAUCCAAAUGAGGAAAAAUUCAGGAAGAUUAGACUGAGCAAUCCAUUAUUUCAGGAUAGAGUUGGGAGUUUAAACGGAGGUAUGGAGUUUCUUGAGCUAUGUGGUUUUGAGAGAACAGAUGACUUCUUGUAUCUUCCUAGUGAAAAGAUUGACAUGGGACUUCUAAGUUCAGCUGGUUUUGUCUUAAAUUCUGCUAUCACUAAUCCUUUCUUUGGACUUUUGAGUACUUAA